AUGGAACGGCUCCAAAAAGUCCAGGUCUACAUUCACGAGCGUUGCACGAAGGCAAAAGUGCAGGAUAUGACUAUCUUCUCCGAUCCGUGUCUAGGAGGUUUCACCUACCACUAUCUCAGCCUCAAGGAAGCAGAAAAUCUGCAGAAACUUCAACAGAACAUAGAAACGGCAUCAGAUAUCACUCGAGCUGGUAAAGAGAGAGAACUAGUGCACGUCAAUGCACAGCACAAGGACUUGACUGAGAAACUGGCAGCAACAUUCUGCGAUCAGCGAAGGCUCCCUGAUGGGAAGCACGAUAUUCGAGAUUGCAAGCAUUGUUUUUACGGUCGGCGUCACCGGCGUCUCGAGAUAAAUGUUCAUGAAGACUUUCUUCCAUCGGAGGUUAACCUUGCUGAGAAACGCGCGGUAAUCUUCGAGCUGGAUGUGCCCAAAUGUUUCGCAUCCUAUAGGGAUACUACCUGGAGGAUUGUCUAUUCCCUUUGUCAGCAACGUUUCAGUUCACGUUCAGACAAGCCGGAGUUGCUAUUGAAAGAAUAUUCCCAGCUCAUGUUGUAUAACAAGAGCAAUGCAGACCGCAAGCUUUCACUGGCGUCUCACACAAAAUCCUUCCAGGGGACACAUUAUAAAUCAAAGAGGUUGCCGGUACAAGAGAAGAAUGUUCUGCUUCCACUGGGACUACAGUUUUCAUACUAUGACAGCGAACGAAACGUGUGGCUGGCGGACUUUCCCAAGCGGCUGACAUGCGCACAUCACUUCGCACUGCGCCUUCCAAAAAGCCUGCCAUUUGCAGCCCUGUACUCAGCACCGGACUUUGCAGCUGAUGCACCAGGCCCGUCAUCAUAUGAUGCCAUUGCAAGUAUCGCCGAAUGCCCACCACGGCUAAGUGUGCAUGAAUAUGUGGCACAACAGAAUGUUAUGGGCGGGAGGAAUCGGCGAUGGCUGUCGAUUUUGAGCGAGCUUGGAUCUUCGAACAUCAACUUCAGUCUCCAAGAUACAGCUAUUCUUUUCCGUUUACUAGUGCUACAAGCUGGUCGCCAGUUGAAGAAUGACAGCCUACGGGCUGCUCAUUGUGUUUUUAGAGACGUGAACUUUUGUCGCAGGCUCAUCGAGCAGAUCGAACAACAACACGCGGAAAUCAUAUCUCCCAAUUGGCGAGAGUACUAUUACAUGGAGACUCUACUUACAUUAACAGUUCAACUGUGUGAGAUCUCUUGCUUAGAAUUACACAGGCAAGCGCAUGACCUCCUGUUGAAAAUCCGAGGUAUUACUCUCGCGUGGGCUACGGCUCUAAGGAGUGAAAUGCGCCGUGCUCAGGAAACAGAUACUGCAGAAAGCGCAGCGACAUACUGCUUCUUUUCUGCCCUCUUAUGCCGCAGGACGUUUGCACUUCAAGCUUACAGCGGCCAAGAACUUGAUGCAGAGAGCCUUAAGGAAUUUAUUGAAGUAACCUUUACUAUGCAAGAAAGCUCGGUGAUCGACGUAUCUACAUUUAUGACGUUUACACGCAAUAUACUUGUUCGCGAUAUCAAAAUGGCUGCUGCAUUACGACCUAUGCUCCGCCAGGCUGUUGCUGUGUUUCAGACUAGCUUAGUGUCGGCUAUUGAUACUUGUUGGCCAGGUGCCGAACACACUUCGAGGCAGUACACACAAUGGCAGUUCCUAUCUCGCCCGAAUGAAUGGUGGCUCAUGUCCGUCGUUCAGGGUACAGAGACUACUAUACCACAAGUGGUCCAUUACCAUUUAACUGUUUGGAAACAAAAGACUUGUCGCUUAUCCUUCAACAUGUCUGGGAUGAGUUAUGUACUCGCAACUGCUCCGGAGGGUCAUCAGAUACACCUGGGAUACCGAAGAGAGGAGCUCGUUAUUCGCUCUGUGAAGUCUGGCAAAACUUUGGAGUUAGUUCCGCGUCAGGUCUUCGGUAAGGGUGCCGAAAUUGAUUUGCCAAGUCAGCUAGUCGACAAUUGCUUCCACUGGAUUGAUCUAAAUUCGGGAGAUAUAGAGCUUUGGCGACAGGAAAGGCUCUGGAAAGAGAGCAACUGGAGCAGAAGCACCCGGAAUCCCCGAGCACAGCGUCGAAAUGCCUCUCUUGUUGACCCAUACAGUACUCUGUUCGGAUUAGUGGCUGAAACCUUCCGCAACUUUGAACAGCCGCAUAUGAUAACCGUUGUUCAACCGCUCAAAGGUCACCUCACUGUAGAGUUGAAGCGGAUGGAGGCAGCCACUGUCCUGGAGUCAACAGAUCUGGAGCGCAAACACGGCAUUGACGCUUCGACGUUACUGCGUUCCUUGUAUGUUUCGACUGAGUUUACAAGGACGGUAGAAGCAAAGGAAGAGACCAAGAGUAUUGAUAACUUUCUGCGUCCCGUGAAUUGGGUGCUUUGGAAUUCGCAGACAAACGUCGGGCUAGUGAUCAUUCCGGAGGAAGCCGAGGACCUUAUCCCUAUAAUACGUACAAUGCAAAGCUCGACAGUGCAUUUGAUUCUGUACGCGGCACCGUUCACAAAGCGAAUGCUCCACUUUGACACUCUCAAAUACUAUGCUCUCCCGAGCCUUCCUAAAGGGUGGUCUUCACCACCAUGGCUUCCCUUCGAGUUGGGAAUUCUGGCAGGGCGCCUAUAUUUCAAAUUCUCAGACUACAAGUUUUUGUUGCAGCAGCUGCGAGUAGAUCCGGAGAAGCCCAUAGCCCACGUUGAGUUGGUUGCACCUAGUAGUGCUGCGGCGAGUGAUAAUUUCUUUGUCAGAAGCCAGCUCAACUUUCUGCAAGACUGGUUGACUCUCCAUCGACAGGGGCAGGAAAUUUCACAUACUCCAAUGGGAUAUGUUUGCCAGGGUACCCGACUUCGCAGAGAUCAUCCAUUUUUCUUGGAUAGCAAAGCGGUAGAAGAGAUAGAAGGUGCCGAUCGCCGUCUAUUCAACAGCACAAGUUGCAAGGCGAGUGAUGAAAUGGAGGUGUAUUACGAUAAUGACGACGACGAUGAUGCUGCUGCUGCAGGUGUUGAUAUAAUGGAAGAAGUAGAAGAUGAUGUAUCGGAUAGAGAGGUAAAUAUGCAAGAGGAGGAUUAA